UGUUCCGCGGCCGUUCCGCGCUGUUCCGCGCCUGUGCCCAUCUCGCAGGGCCCGGCCCGCCCUGAGGCGGAGCCGCCGCCAUCUUCCCCUUGCGGCGCCCCCUGGCGGCGCUGCCCGGCACGGGACCAGGGCACCUCUCGCGAGACUUCCCCUCGCGCCCCGCCAAGAUGGCGGCGCCCAGGGAGGCGGCGGGCCGGCCCCGCACCCGGGACGUGCUGCUGCCCGGCGGCCCCUCCGACUUCGGCUCUCUCCUGCUGUCGCCGCCGGUGCUGGCGGGGCUGGAGGCGGCCGGGUUCCAUCGGCCGUCGCCGGUGCAGCUGAAGGCCAUCCCGCUGGGGCGCUGCGGGCUGGAUCUCAUCGUGCAGGCCAAGUCUGGCACCGGCAAGACCUGCGUGUUCGCCACCAUCGCCCUGGAGGCGGUGCUGCUGGAGAGCUCCGCCACGCAGAUCCUGAUCCUGGCUCCCACGAGGGAGAUUGCUGUACAGAUCCACGCCGUGAUCACGACGAUUGGCAUAAAAAUGGAAGGCUUGGAAUGCCACGUGUUCAUUGGAGGGACUCCUCUGAGCCAGGACAGAAGCAGGCUGAAGAGGUGCCACAUAGCUGUGGGCUCCCCAGGGCGGAUCAAGCAGCUGAUCGAGCUGGAGUACCUGAGCACGGCCAGCGUGCGGCUCCUGGUGCUGGACGAGGCGGACAAGCUGCUGGAGGAGGGCAGCUUCCAGGAGCAGAUCAACUGGAUCUACUCCUCACUGCCAGUCAAUAAGCAGAUGCUGGCAGUCUCGGCCACCUACCCCGAGUCCUUGGCUGCUGCUCUCACCAGGUACAUGAGGGAGCCCACGUUCGUGAGGCUGAACCCCACGGACCCAGCCCUCCUUGGGCUGAAGCAGUACUACAAAAUCGUGAAUUCCCAUCCCCUCCCACAUAAAACCUUUGAGGAAAAAACCCAGCACCUGCAGGAGUUGUUCAGCAAGAUUCCUUUCAACCAAGCCUUAGUCUUCUCAAAUCUGCACAGCAGGGCUCAACAUCUGGCUGAAAUACUGACAUCCAGAGGCUUCCCUGCCGAGUGCAUUUCAGGCAACAUGAAUCAAAAUCAGCGACUUGAUGCCAUGGCUAAAUUAAAGCAAUUCCACUGCAGAGUUCUGAUUUCCACAGACUUGACGUCUCGUGGAAUUGAUGCUGAGAAGGUGAACCUGGUCAUCAACCUGGACGUGCCCCUGGACUGGGAGACCUACAUGCACCGCAUCGGCCGUGCCGGGCGCUUCGGCACCUUGGGGCUGGCUGUGACCUACUGCUGCCGUGGGGAGGAGGAGAACACCAUGAUGAAAAUUGCUCAGAAGUGCAACCUGCAGCUUCUUCCUCUGCCAGAGCCAAUCCCUCCUGGAAUGAUGGAGCAGUUUGAAGAUGGGCAGGUAGAAGUUAAACCUGCAAUACCCAGGGGUCCUGUACUGACCUGUGACACUGUGUGUCCUGAACCAGAGCAACCAGUGCUGCAGCCUGUCCAGAAUGGCUUUUCAAACAUACCUCAGCCUCCCUCUAACCUUCCAAGGGAUAAUUCUUCUGUAGAAAGGCCAAAAAAGACUCAGAAGCAAAAACAGAUUAAAAAGUGCACAAAUCCUGCAAAUGUAGAGAGAAAUGGAGCCCCCCAAACUUCCAGCUGUCGCACAGAACAGAGGAAUCAAGUCAAACCCAUCUCCAGGAUGGAUGGACAGCACAGCACUCAGGCUCCAGAUGAGGAGGCCUUAAAAAACAAUCUUCCCAAAAUUCCAUGCUUGUCUUCUUUCAAAACCCAACUCACCAAUCCCUGGAGCUUCUCGGAUUUUGUUGAAGAUUAUGAGUAUUUCAUUAAAGAAGGGUCAGAGAGAGAGGUGGAGAUUUUAAGAAGUUACUCAGGCCCAGGAGAGCAGCGUGGGCUGCCCAGAAAUGGGGAUGUGGAGUGGGAAGAGAUGGAACAUCACCCAGAGGCAGCAGCAGAUGGGGCUGUGUCUGCUGACAGCGAUGGCUCGGAGAGCUCCAGGGAGUCCUUUAACAGCAGGGCCACUCACUCGGGCUCUGAGGCCUUUCCAGGCACACAGGAGCCACGUGCUGUGCCCCCAGCACGGCGGGGCCGGGCCGCUCUCUGUCCCACACCAGAGAAGCCCCGGGAGCCAUCCCCCGGCCCAAGGCAAAACGGAGUGACAAAGAAAGUGCUGAAACAAAAUGCUAGACACAAGAAAAGCCACAAGCAUCAACUCUCCAGUCCUGCCACGAGCAGAAGUGAGGAGGAGCGGAGCUGCAGCUCCUGGGAUGAUGCUCCACACGAGGGCUGGAGUUCUGAGGAGUACUGGAGGUGUUACUACGACGCCUGGCAGAGCUACUACGCAGCCAUGUCUCACUACAGCAGGAGUUACUGGCAGUUCAGCUGCAUCAGUGCCUACCACAUCAACUCAGUCUAUCUCCAGGAGCUGCUGAGAGAUGGGGAUUGAUGUCCUGGUGCUGCUGGCUGGGACCAGGGCUGGCCAGGGCCUGUGGCAGCAGUGCUGCUCUAAGGGACACUGACAAGAGACAGAUGCUGUUUGAGAUGGAGAAAAAUGGGGUCUUUUUAUAAGCAGCUGUGUCUGGUCAAUGUUUUACACAGGUCCAGUGGUGGUGUUACAAUUUGUUAAUAAAAGGAAAAGAAAGACAGCUGGAUGCUCAGUUGGAAUCUUUACAAUCCAAAGUAAAAAAAGGAUGAUAAAAGGGAGCCAUUCCCACGUAAGAAAUGACAGGAGAAAAUACAGAACAAUCCCAGUGCUAUUUCAUGAAAUCCCAGAGUGGUUUGGGUGGAAGGGACCUUAAAGUUCACCUUGCUCUACCCCCAGCCAUGGCAGGGACACCUUCCCCUGUCCCAGAUGCUCCAGCCCCAGUGUCCAGCCUGGCCCUGGGCACUCCAGGGAUCCAGGGGCAGCCCCAGCUGCUCUGGGCACCUGUGCCAGGGCCUGCCCUCCCUCUUGCCUCCUUGCCUUCCCUGUGGCUGUCGGGUGAAGCUGAAUUCCCUGUGAGGCUCCAUGGUCUGUUCAAAGCUGGUGAUGAUCCCAUUUUCUCUAAUUCUCUUGGUAAACACCAGGCACUGAUUAUAUCCCAGUGAAGUGGCAGAGUGAAACGAGCAUCUCAAUGCCUGUAUUGCUAAAUUAAAUCCAGUUAAUUAACACUGUAUAAAUAAUAUUUCUAUAGCAAGGUGUGCAGCGGGCUGUGUGGUGGAGGAUUUAAUUAUGUAGAAAAUGUGCAGCAAUCGUAAUUGGUCUGUCCCUCUGGGUGCAACAGUAUCAGACUUCCCACACUUACAGGAAUGUUUAAUUAGAAAUGAAAUUACCUAUUACUGCUAAAACUAAUUGAUAUUUCCUGUUUGGCUUGUACAGAGCUGUCCUGGGGCAGAAAAAGAGGGAGUGCUGGCUGGCUUGGGGUGCUGACCCUGGGUUGCCUCUGCACUAAUUUUGAAAGUUUUUCUUUCUGUACUUUGUUCCUUCCUUACUCCCUUUGUGUCACACAUGACUCCAGGGAGGGGGUUCCCCUUUGUCUGUGCCGUUGGAAAAGGCCAAGACAGCAUGAUUUUUUUUUCCCAAGAUGAAUUUUUGCAGCUUGUAACAUUCACAGAGAGGACCCUGUAAGAGAUGCACUUCAGUGUCUGCAUUACUGCUGUCCUGUGACAUCGCUCUCAUUUCAUUAAUGAUUGCUUGGGGAAGAGUUAAUUAGUAUUUAAAUGCAACUCGAGUGGCCUAGGUCAACACCCAAAGUUCUCCAAAAGAGCCUCCCAGAAGGUUGUUAGAAGAAAUGACAGCAUCUGUUGGUAUUUGUGGCACAUACUCUGUUUAAUCCGGAUUGGAUACAUCAGGUACAGCAGUGGCACAAGACUCAAUACUGUAAAUGAUAUACAAGUUUCAACAUAUGCACUACAAUUCCAAAAGAAGACAACAGGAAACUUGGUUCUUCUAGAAAGUUGUUCUCAAAUGAAGCUACCUGCAGUUGUGUCCAGUA